AUGCCGCAGCCGUCUGCUGAUCCCAACGAUCCUCUGAACUGGUCCCGAGGACGCAAAUACUGGCAUAUGUUUGUCAUCCUUUUCUGGUGCUUCAUCGUCAACGCGGCAAUUGCAUGGACAGGUACAGCCUGGGCUGUCUGGGUGGUUGACCUCGACACCACCUACGUCGACUUGAAUAACGGUCAAGGCCUCCUGGUCUUCAUGUGCGCGUUCGGGUGUCUAUUUUUCCAGCCCUACGCCCUCAAGUAUGGCCGCCGUGUACCGUACAUCGUGGCUUCGGCGUUCGUUCUCGUGGGCGUUGGAGUUGGCCUGACCAUGACGGACACCGGCCUAUUCUUUGCAUACAUGGUCCUGUCGGGAUUUGGCUCAGGCCCAGCGUAUUCGACCAACGAGACGUCGAUCGUGGACAUUAUGUUCCUCCAUCAACGAGGGACGUGGCUUGGGAUAUAUUGUUUGGUCCUCCUCUUAGGUAAUUUUCUUCCUCCCGUAGCGGCGGGCUACAUUGUCGAAGCGCAGGGUUGGCAAUGGUGUUUCAAGUAUUUGCUCAUCUUCAUGGGAGUGGCCACAAUAUUGCUGGUGUUCGGAGCAGAGGAAACGCUAUACGUUCGCGAGGAAGAGGGAGAGACAAGUCCGAGCGAGACGAGCGCACAGCACCAUCAGCACCCCCAUGACAACGGCAUUUCAACUGACCAUGCCAACGCCACGUACCUGCAGAGGAUGACCCUGUUCCGUCGAGACACGCGAAUCAAGCUCUCGUACAUGGCCCUGGUUUUCAACCCCUUCCGGCUGAUGCUCUUUCCCGCCGUGGUGUGGGCGAGUCUCAUGCUCAGCCUGGCGACGUUCAUGACUAGCAUCGUCGUCACGACGCAGGCCGGCUUCUUCUCGGCUCCGCCCUACAACUUUGGGGCCAAUGCCCUCGGCCUCAUGUACUUCGCCAUCAUCAUUGGCAUGGUUUUUGGAGCCAUUCUGGGCGGGCCGUUGAGCGACUGGAUCGUCGCUCAUCUCGCUCGACGCAACGACGGGGUCAUGGAACCCGAAUAUCGACUCUGGGCGUACCUUCCCGUGCCGUUCACCGCAGCCACGGGGAUCCUCUUGUACGGCGUCGGAGCCAGCUACGGGAUUCACUGGGUUGUGCCAUGCAUUGGGCUCGCCUUGAUUGGCUUCGCCAUGAAUGCCGGCGCCCCGAUAUCGAUGGCCUACGCGUUCGAUUGCUACAAUGAGCUGUCCGGCGAGACGGUCCAGUUGACCAACUUUGUGCGCAAUGCGGUCGGUGGAGCCAUAACUUUCGUCAUCCAGCCCUGGAUAAACCAGAACGGCGCUCGAAACACCAGCAUCAUCAUCGCUAUACUAGUGUUGGUGCUCAAUCUCUCAUCGGUCGUCUUUCAAAUAUGGGGCAAAACGAUACGUGCGCUGACCGCCCGUCGCUACAAAAGCUUGGUUGAGAAGGCUGUCUAUUUUUGA